AUGAGUGGUGAAAAUAAAAACAAUCUUCCAUCUAGGACUAGUUUGGCUACCUAUCAUCCACGUCUCUUUACUUAUCUUCAUCUUCAGUCUUCCAUUCCCUUUCAUACAAUUUAUCGUCCAAAACUUCCCCCAUUCCUCCCUUCCAUGCACAGUCAAAUCUUUUUAUAACGUUACCGUUCGGGCCGAGUUUUAUCGAAGUAGGGACUAAGAGUAGAUGGGACGAUGUUAUGGAGGUUCAACUUCGCAUACCUUUACAUGGGACACGCUCAAAACGAACUUGCUUCAAGAUUUCCAGACCUUUAAU